ACAGUUCGUACGUCUUUCAGACUCGCAAGAACUCGCUGGCUGUACUGCAAGUACCUUGCUUGUCCGAUACUCUCGCGCCUGCCCUCUACCACCAAGACAAUACUUAUGAGAUCUCAACGACUGGACAAGACCAAUUUACCAAGGAGAGACACUGAGAUAGGCACUGCAAAACAGGAAGGAACGAUGUGUUUCGAGGAGUACAUUUCAUACCAGUGCGGCCACCGGUCGCUCGGUGUGCUCCGGCCCUGCCCCAUUACCACAGCUGGUCACAACUUUCCUGUCUGCACAAACCAACUAGGAAGACAGUAUCAUGCCAUGACCAUGUGCGCAGCAUGCGAGAGGAUUUUGCAUUCUAGAUGGGUACUGAUACAAGAAUGGGAACAUCGCUGGCUUCACGAGCGAGGAGCUUGCGGUUGUGACGUAAUAUUCCCGGGCCUACUGUACCAGCCACGGGUGAUCGGGGGGAGCUCAGCCACCAACACGGGACAGAGCGGUGAGCCUAGAGAGGAGGGAACCGCCUCGAGCAACAAGAAUCCCGCUGGCUCCAGCGCCGGUGGUGACAAUAACAGCAACAGAACCAGCGGGCGCAGUUGGGAAUCAAGAGGCAAGAGAGCGGCACCCACCGCAGUCCCGGCUCUAUUCACAGAGAACGUGGUCGCCAGCGAUGACGACAACAACAACAACAACAACAACAACAAGAAGUCCGCGAAAACAAAGACGCGAGUCACAAUCCGGCUGCCGGGUCUCUACGCGGCAGAAUGGGUGAGCGACCAUCGAGAGCUUCACCGGACAGGCCGGUGCCAGUGUCCAGCCGACUUUCGCCACUUCCGCCCGGCCGUCGACGAGGCCGACAUGACGACGCAAGAGCGCGAGCUGCUGCGCGGCUGCCGCAACAUGGAACAGCCCAAGAACCUGUGCAUUGACCGUGACGACAUCGCCCAGCGCGUCGCGCAGAUUGGGGACAUAUUCGGCCCCUUUUUUGCUGUCUCGGCCACGCACCACCCGCCCCUUUCUUCCACGACCCCGGCAGAAACUGGACCACUGGCCGAGGAAGUCUCGCCUAUUCCGCUUGCAGCUGCCGCCUCGCUGCGUGCCGUGGCGGAAUAUACUGCGUGCUUGCAGCAGUCACAGGUGACAACAACACAGACUUUGCAACCGGAGAUGGCAAGCCAGCCAGGACUAGGUAUAACAAGCGGCCAGAAUCAGCAGCACCCACUGCAGCAGCAACCAGCCUCUGAGGCAAACCCUGGCGACCCAACAACAGCGGAACAAGCUGGCACUGGUCUUCCAGCCCCACUUUCUCCUUCCGCUGUCCUCAAUUCCCUGUCAUGGAACUCGCAAUCCCAGUCGGUGCCCGGCGCGCCCUGGCUGACCUAUGGGCCGGGGCCGUUCGCCGUGGGCACAACCAUGCAGCGACUCAUGCUAGCGCAGUCGCCGGCGCCGGGGGCAGCGGCAACGUCAGCGCCAGGCACCGUGUAUCCCAUCUGCGGGAUGCCGGUCGGCGCGGGCCCCGAGGGGCGGUCGCACAUGCCGGACUGGGAGGGCUGCCGGCUGGGGCGGGCGACGCCUCGCCGACGACGGUCGUUUGACAUGUAGAGGGGGACUCUUGUCUGUCAGUCUUGACAGAUACUAAGGAGAGGAUAAAGGAACGGCACCCGUCUCACUCGCCCACUCACUCGCUACCAACAUACCUACCUUACCUACCUACCAAAACCAAUCAACACCCAAUUCUCAUAACCAGUCCGUGAUAGAACGAAGGACAGCGAAUAUCGCACCUUAAAUUCCGCUCGCUCACCAGCAAGCAAAACGUCACAAACUACCACGAUCGACAUCGCUCUGCACUAUGCUUCAUUACACUGCA